AUGGCUUUCAUCCGCCCCUACAAGGCUUCUGACUUUGAUGCGACAGGUCAUAUCUGUCGCGCCACGCUACCGCCCUCACUCGAGCGCUCCGAAGCAGCAACUAGGACCGCGCCUUAUCUAUGGACACAUCAAUACACCCACCUUUCGCCCGAGACCUGCCACAUCCUUGACGACGGCGAGGGAAACUGUGUCGGCUACUGCAUCGGCUGCCCCAACGUGGACGACUUUGCCAAGGCGUACCCUCGAUACGUCAAGGAAGUCCUCGAGACGUCCAAAGAGCUCGAUGGUAGAAAGCCCAAGAGCCUCGAGGCAAAGGCCCCGUGGAACUUCUCAGACACGGGCGAAGUGAAUGAGGAGGCUCUCCUGCAGCAGGCCUUCAACCCGACGUGGUUGGUCCUCGACGAUGAAAGGAAGGAUCUUUGGGGGAACUGGAAGGCCACGAUGCAUAUUGACCUGCUGGAGCCGUGGCAGGGAAAAGGGUGGGGGAGGAAGCUGAUUGACAAGUUCGUCGAGAGUUUGAAAGAGGCUGAUCGGGGCAAGGGCGGCUCGAGCGGUUUCAGACUGUAUGGUAAGGGCGUGCACAUUGGUGUGGGAGGUGAGAACGAUAAGGUCGUGCCGUUCUAUGAAAAGCUAGGCUUCCGGGUAUAUCCUACGGAAGAGAAGGGCUCGAUUUGGAUGGUGAAGGACAUUGACUAA